AACAAUACCCCUCUGAUUCAGAAUAUUUGCUGCCCCGAAAAUAUAAUGUUCUCUACCUUAACAGCUUACUGUGCAGUUUAAAUACCCAAGUACACCUCUGUAUGUGCAUUUUUUAAAUACCUAAAAACAGAACAAAAGUUUGCUGCUCCAUUUGACAUGUUGUCAUGAUCCAAUACUCGUGUUUUUUUUAAAUAUGAGAGAAUUUUUUUCCACUUUAAGAAGCUAAUGAGUGGCAGGAGUGCAUUCUACAGCAUAACACCUAUCAAGCUGUGCGAGGAAGACGGAGGAUAAGUGGGGAGACGAACUAAGUAUCUUGUUAACUUCAUAAUGUGUGACUGUUUACUGGAUAUUUAAUUUAAUGCGGUUUCAGCUGUGUCAAUUCGGUCAGGUUGUGUGUCCAAACCCGUGCCAAACGCGCUCAUCAGAUCAGAUAUAGAUCAGAAUAUAUCGAUAUAGAUCUACAUGUAUGUGCUGUCUCAGAAUAAAACUACAGCGGUCUGCUCCGUGUCGCUCCUUUUAUUAAACAAACCACAACCACACAACCAACGUUGCCCCCGUUUUGGCAGCAGCUCCUCCGUCUGCGUUGGCUCGUUUGCGUUUGAUGCAUGAGAAUUGUUAUCUCUUUCGCCACAGUCACCCGGCUCCUCCAUGCUUGUUUGUGUUUUUCACAAUGACAGUAGCGUGUGUGGGCAUGCCAUAUACGGAGCGUCCAUCGUAAAACACUGCCGUGAAGCGUGUUUUUGCAACACUGCGAUAAAAACGAUAGAGCUCAUGUAUCCCGAUAGAAAUUUUCUAUCGUUUAGACGAAACAUAUCGUUAUAUCGUGAAGCCUUACCUGAGGGGGCAGGUCUAUGAGGACCUUAGGGCCAUGUUUAUGCAGGACCUGAGGGGCAGGUCUAUGAGAACUGAGGGCCAGGUUUAUGAAGACCUGAGUGCUAGGUUUAUGAGGACCUGAGGGGCAGGUCUAUAAGAACUGAGGGCCAGGUUUAUGAGAACCUGAGGGGCAAGUCUAUGAGAACUGAGGGCCAGGUUUACGAGGACCUGAGGGGCAGGUCUAUGAGAACUGAAGGCCAGAUUUAUGAAGACCUGAGGGAGCAGGUCUAUAAGGACUGAGGGCCUUGUUUAUGAGGACCUGAGGAGGCUGGUUUUUGAAACCUGAGGGGGCAGGUCUAUGAGAACUGAGGUCUAGGUUGAUGAGGACCUUAGGGGCAGGUUUAGUGAGACCUGAGGGGGCCAUGUCUAUGAGGACCUGAGGGCCAUGUCUAUUAGGACCUGAGGGGCAGGUCUAUGAGAACUGAGGGCCAGGUUUAUGAAGGCCUUAGGGGGCAGGUCUAUGACACAUGAGGGGUGGAUUUUUGAGGACCUGGGGUGGCAAGUCUAUGAGACUUGAGGGCUUGGUUUAUGAGGACCUGAGGGGAAAGGAUUAGUGGGACAUGAAAGGGCAUGCUUAUGAAGACCUGAGUGCUAGGUUUAUGAGGAACCAAAGCGGACUGUUGAAGAUCAGAGUGAAACUUUUAUAACCAUGGUUGUAAAAUUUCAGACCCCUACCUGCGCCCUCUUUAACCAUUGUCCUCUUGAACCCGCGUGCCCAUAAUCAUAAAAACCGUGUAGAACUGACUCUAAGAACGUUCUGAUCACUUCAGCUGACUCUGUUUUUUUUCAUUAAAUUGAAAUUAUUUUUAUUAUGAAAUCCUGAAGGAGGUUUUUUUUCAUGUACUCUGAAACUUUUGUCUCUUUAUCCUGUUUGCGUGUUUUUGGUCUCUGCAGGUCUCAGAGGUUACAGUUUGACGUGUCAUCACCAAACGGCAUCCUGCUUUUCAGAGAAACCAGCAAGAUGAUCACGACCUACGGUAGGGGGAGUCCAGACUCACUGUCAUGAUUUUACCUUCAGUUUGUGGUUCUUUCUGGACAUUUUCUCUCCUCCUGUAGGGAACCGAAUCCUCACGUUGGGGGAGGUACCGAAGGACCAGGUCUACGGGGUGAAGCUGAAGGGCGUCAGUGUGUGUUUCGCCAUGCUGAAGGCGGUGCUCAGCGGGAACUACGUUAACUUUGGCGUCUUUCGUCUGUACGGCGACGACGCUCUGGAUAACGCCUUACAGACCUUCAUCAAGCUGCUGCUGUCCAUCCCUCACAGCGACCUGCUGGUACGUCCUCCAGAUCAGACCACCUCUCAGGGUCUCAGAGUCCUGGUUUCUGUAAACUCUGCUCUGGUACUGAUCCGUCUCCUCCUGUUCAUGCAGGACUAUCCGAAGCUCAGCCAGUCUUUCUACUCUCUGCUGGAGGUUCUGACGCAGGACCACAUGAACUUCAUCGCCAGUCUGGAGCCACACGUGGUCAUGUACAUCCUGUCGUCGAUAUCAGAGGGGCUGACGGCGCUGGGUAAAACCUCUCUUUGGUCUCAUUAUUCUCACAAACAGAGGAGCACAGACAUGAGAAUGUGUGUGUGUGUGUGUGUUUCAGAUACCAUGGUAUGUACAGGCUGCUGCUCCAGUCUGGACCACAUCGUCACCUACCUGUUCAAACAGCUGUCCCGCUCCACCAAGAAACGACCCACUCCCAUGGCAACGGACGACCGCUUCCUGCACAUCAUGCAGCAGCAUCCCGAGAUGAUCCAGCAGGUCUGAGAUCAGCUCACUUACCUGUUCUGUCUGUGCGUGCUGCGUUCAGGGACACACUGUAAACCUGAGUGUCUUUUCUGCUGCAGAUGCUCUCCACCGUGUUGAACAUCAUCAUCUUCGAGGACUGCAGGAACCAGUGGUCCAUGUCCCGGCCGCUGUUAGGACUCAUCCUGCUCAACGAGAAGGUACACAGGCUCCUCAGUAUGUGUGUGUUUAAACCUGUUAGUGUGUGUGUUAGUGUGCAUUCAAACCUGUUGAUGUGUGUGUGUGUGUGUGUGUGUGUGUGUGUGUGUGUGUGUGUGUGUGUGUGUGUGUGUGUGUGUGUGUGUGUGUGUGUGUGUGUGUGUGUGUCUUUUAGUAUUUUGCUGACCUGAGGAACAGCAUCGUGAACAGUCAGCCUCCAGAGAAGCAGCAGGCCAUGCACUUAUGUUUCGAGAACUUGAUGGAGGGAAUCGAGAGAAAUCUACUAACAAAGAACCGCGACAGGUGAGUCCUCAAAUCUACCUCAAAUACAUCUUGAUUUUUACAUCCUUGUUUUUAAAGAACUAAAUCACCUAGAUAUCACUCAGUCAUCUCCCCUUACAGAGCUCGACAGUGCGACCAUUUUACUCCCUUUGCAACUAAAAAUAGAUGUGUGUAAAUUGUGUAAUGAAUUUAGGGUCACAUGUGCUCAUAAAAAAAAUUAGCCAAGGUAACAAAUGUUUUUUCAUGUAAAUCCGGCAGUGAAGUUAGUUUUAGGUUGGAUAUUUGACGGACAUUCACUGAGGAUCUACCGGUGUCUUCACUGUCAUCCUGUUUAGGAGAAAAAGUAUUAAAAUAUCAGGAUCUCUCACCUCCAAUUUUCACCACAUCCAGAAUGGCUCUGAUCUAAAACGGUGGUGAUUUUCGCCGUCCGCCAAUUCCUACCGGAUCUGUUGGUGAGGCGACUUUCGUGGCGGAUUACAGGCAACAGGAAUCGCGAGAGCACACAAGAACUCGCGGAUUCACGUUCAAUCUUGCAAUAACAAGUUCUCUCUAUAAAGACAGACACAUAGACAUAUCAGCAGUAGAUUGUGUCCUUCCAGAGGAAGAAAUCUACUUCUAGACUUCUAGAAUCAGCAUCUCCUCAUCCAUGGUGUCAUCGGGGUGAAAUGACGUCUAAAAACCUUUUACUUGUUCGUCUCGGCCCGUUUGCAUGGUGUGAAAUACGAUCCUCCUGAAACACAGAGUGUUUCAUUUUGAAAAGAAGCCGGAUGUUUUAUUUUGUGUCUGUGCCAGACUUCCUUUCCAGCACUAGCUGAGCAGAUAAGGAAAUAAUUGUUCACUUUGUUAUUCAAGCAUGAAAUUUGGUACAUAUACUCUUCAAACCCCACUAUUUUCAAAAAUAACGUUAGCCACGCAAAAUUCCAAGAUGGCGGCACAAAAUCCAAGAUGUCCGCCCCAAAAUGUGGUUUUUCCUUUAUAACUCAAAAUGACUUGAUUUUAAGCCCCAUACAUAUAUUGAAGUUGAAUAUAAAGUUGGGUAUUGCGGAUAUUACAUCUCUGUAUCCAUUACGGUUCUUGAGAUACAGCAUAUAGAUACUUGUACAGAAUUGGGAGAGUGAGACAUUUGUAACACCGAUUGUUGUUACGUGCACAUGGUUAUAUGAAAAUAUCAUUUCCAUUAUCUGUUAUUUUCAUUAGGGUUAUAACAUUAAAUUCGAAAAACCAAGAUGGUGUCCAAGAUGGCUGCCAUUGCCUUGAAGUAAUCAUGAAUUCAGCAGAGAUGAAUCAUGAAUUCAGAAGAAUGAAACUUGUCAUAAAACGUUAAAAAUUAGGCAUUUUGUGACAAUUUUCUGAUUUUUGUUAUGCUGUUAGGUAUGUGUAUAAAGGGGUGUUCAGACCAAAUGCGACCAGGUCGCGUCGCGUUGGUCUGUCGCGUCGGUCUGUCGCGUCGUGUUGUUGGACAUUUCAAAGACAUUUUUUUCACUUAAAGGGCAACUUGUGGCUUUUUUUAAUAAAAACUCUUCUAUCGCUUGUUUUGGGUUUCAACCAUAUACUAAACUAUCUAACAUUGGAUACCACGCAAACCGACCACUAGGGGAUGCACUCAACUCGUUUGCGGUGUUUUUUAAAAAACCUUAUACCCAUAUCUAACACUAUACUAAAAUUCAGAAGUUUACAAAAUUCCCUAAUUUUUCCUGAUCCCAUCUAAGCUAAGUACAGAAUUUAGACGUUGAUAAAAGCAGGUAUUUUAGUACCAUGUGCAUCUAUUACAGUUUGUAAGAUACAGCAUACUUACUGUGAGUUACACCUCACAGUUGCAACUGCACAGAGCUGUACACGAGACCCAAUUUGUAGCACUUGCACCUGCCACAACAGCCAGAUUUACAGCCACAUUUGGUGAGCUGUUCGCAUGUCUUGGCUAUUGCAGAGUUGGCUGUCCAGAAGACCUGCCAUUCCUCACCAACCUUUUGACAUCCCCAGUCUGCAGGGUCCUCUGCUUCUGGCUGACACUCGGUUGCCUGGGCCCACACACAACCAGCCUGAUAGGCAGCACGCCUGGUGUGUUGGAGUAGAGCUGCUCUGGUUUCUGGCAAACAAGUCAAGCCUGGCCUCAUCCACAGUAGCAGCUGUGCUGGAUCUGUCAUACAUGAGAAUGACAAACUUCUCAAGCACCUCUAUGUCGCAGUCCUCCACUGUAGGAGGGUAAAUACCCAGUUUGGGGAAUACAGGCAAGGAUUCUGGAGAUAUGUCCCAUGUAUGCCAAGCCAUUUUCUUGCCUUUGUUGCGGAAGGCAGACACAGUGUCACAUCCUGUAAAGGCAUGGAAGAAGAGCAUGCCUUUGACCUUCUCCUGGUCAACAUGCUGAAACAUGUCAUGCACACUGAUCCAGCGCAGAGUCUGACCUUGCCCAAAUGCAAGCCACAUAUGCUGUAGGCCAGCCUCUUGGAGACCGCUGAAUACACUUAUAGCUAAGAUCAGAACAUCUGUGUCAUUUGCCUUGAUCAUGAUGGAUUGGCUACCAGUUGCAUGUUUGGUGUGCACAAAGAUGCGGCUGUCCGCUUCCUCGUGAGAGCAUUUAUCCAGUCCAUCAAGGCCAGUUGCACGAGUGCUGAGGACAGCAGGUCCCUUUGUGACGAUGAUGGGCAAACAUUUGUGCAACCUUGUCGGCAAGGGUGGGACAACUCUGUUUUGUUGUUAUUGUGCCUCAGGAAGUUAUGCCAGUUAGAUAGCAUGGUGUUCUUAUUUGUUACCUUGCGUCUUCCCCCCUGGCCACGUUUGGACCUGGUCUCAGCUUUAAGGCUUGAUGGGUUUUACACAUCAAACACCAGAUGUGUCAUUGUGUACUUGCUGGAGUACAUGUAGAUCACAGGUAGGAAGUCGAGAGCUGCAUAGUCCUCAAAAGUCUCAGAUCUUUUUGGUGGCAGGGCGUGGUCCAAAGCUGACCCAUCUACUAUGAGAAUGUCUGCCUCAGGUUCCUUGUCAACUGGUGGGACAUAAUUCUCAAGGAUAGGGGUCAGCUGAGACUUCUGGCAAGUGUACAAUUUUCCACCCUUGCUCAAUGCAACAGGGAAGGACUGGUUCUCAUGCUGAAAGAACUCCUGGAGGUCAUGCGGAGUUACACAGCAGUGAUAUCACCAGUGUGCCCUGGUUGUGUGCCGAUAUUCACUCUAUUACAUCUGCAAGCUUGUACUGUAUAAACAUCUAAAUUCUGUACUGCAAUGGCCCCAUUGGAUGCAUAGACCAAAAAUAUGUGCAUGCCAAAAGUUAAUGUUUCAUAGUCACUAAGAUCGGAUUACUUCAAGGCAAUGGCAGCCAUCUUGGACACCAUCUUGUUUCUCAAAUUUAAUGUUAUAACCCUCAUGAAAAUAACAGAUAAUGGAAAUGAUAUUUUCAUAUAACCAUAUGCACGUAACAACUAUCGGUGAUACAAAUUUCUCACUCUCCCAAUUCUGUACAAGUAUCUAUAUGCUGUAUCUCAAGAACCGUAAUGGAUACAGAAAUGGAUACAAAAUUUCCGCAAUACCCAACUUUAUAUUCAACUUCAAUGUAUGUAUGGGGCUUAAAAUCAAGUCAUUUUGAGUUAUAAAGGAAAAAACACAUAUUUGGGGCGGACAUCUUGGAUUUUGGGGCCGCCGUCUUGGAAUUUUGCGUGGCUAACGUUAUUUUUGGAAAGAGUGGGGUUUGAAGAGUAUUUGUACAAAAUUUCAUGCUUGUAUAACAAAGUGAACGAUUCGGGCUAUAUUAUGCAUUUGUCUGCUCCACUACACAGGUUAACCUGUGCUGGAUUUAUCCACCAUGCUCCGGCAUCCAGGAAAAAUAGAACUCUUGUGAUCAGCUGUGGAGUCCGGCGAUCCACAGAGGAACGGAAAGAAGCCGGUGGAAAUUGACACGUUAACAUGAAUGGUUACGAUUGGAGGAUACGACCUUUUUGUAGCCGUUCAGGAUGGGGUGGAAAUUGGGGGUCAGGAGUUUAGCUCGGGGGUGAAAACAUCUAAAAUCAGGAUUUAGACUCUGGGUUUUACCUUCUCUCUCUCUCUCUCUCUCUCUCUCUCUCUCUCUCUCUCUCUCUCUCUCUCUCUCUCUCUCCCCCCCCCCUCUCGCAGGUUCACCCAGAACCUGUCGGUCUUCAGGCGGGAGGUCAAUGACAGCAUGAAGAACUCCACAUACGGCGUCAACAGCAACGACAUGAUGAGCUGACAUUCCACACACACCAGUCUUACCCCGCCGCAGACAGAGCUCUCCUCCUCCCCCCCCUCACUCCCUCACAGCCUCCCCCUCUCCCCCCACUCUGCAUCAGCCUCCCUCUCCCCCCUCCCCCCCUGGGCCCGGAUGCCUGGGGACCAUCUCCUCCCCCCGACAGGACGCCCCCCCCCCCUCCCUUUUUGAUAUAAACAUAUAUAAAUAUAUACAGAUCUAUUUUAAAGCGAUGGUCUGACUCGUCCCAGCAAGGGAGGAGUCAGGAGGUCAGAGAUUUUUUUUUUUUUGGGGGGGGGGGGGGUGUCGCAUGUUUAAGCACUCUGAAUCACUGAUGGGGAAGGAGAGAGAGUGCGGCAAGCGGAGGUGAAGGAGAGGAAGGACCGCCGGUAAUCGUAGUAAUCCGCUUCUGCCUGCCUUGUAUAGAAACCCACCAGAAAAACCAACAAGUGUACAUUUCUUUUGGUAACAACAUUUUGAACAAUGAUGUUUAUAAUGAUCGAGGAGGAAAAACAACAACGAAAAAACUCAACAAAAAACUGUGUGAUUGAGCUUUUUACAGUGUAGUGAGUUAGUGCAACUGUCUGUCUGCGUGGGGGGCGGAGCCAGCUGUCCACGGGGGGGAUGGGGGGGGCACAGGAGCACUUAGGAAGGACAGGUACACACACUAAGAGGAGGGAGAUAGCGGCAGAGCGUCCAUGUUGUACAUUUUUACUCAAGUCUCUGGAUGAAGUGAUGUAAAUAAGCCACGCCCCCUCAAUUCAGCGGGUAGGGCAGAGUUUAAAGGGACAGUUCAGCUGUUUUUAACUUGGUAGAUGUGGAGUUCACAGUCCCAGAUGUUCUUCCUCCUGGAGCAGGUGAACAAGUCUGCAACCUGGUCUGAGACGGAUCCACCAGAGGCCAAAGUUCCUGUCCUUGUUUAUUAAACUAGAGUCUGACACACACAGAGAUAGAGAGGUGUUUGAUCGCCCAGGAAAACAUCGUCUCAAACCCGACUGUGGGUCCGAACACGACUUAUCAGAACCUUAAUAAUCACAGUAAAUCUGAGGAAACCACGAGUCCGGUCAGGAGGCUGCCAGGUUACAGUCUUGUGUCCUCAGAUCUUUUUAAUCCAAGUCUGGAGGAUUUCUUUAAACAGCUGUUACAUAGAAAAAAUAAAAAAACUCUCUGAAUAUGGGAGUUCCUGGUCCACCUCGACAGAAACAGGAACAGGUCCAGGUUUCAGUAAUCAGGCAGUCCGGGUUAAAAGAGUUCCCGACAGACCCAGCUGCACCAAACUCCAUUCACAAAAAAUUAUGAUUUUAGCUCGAAGAACUCAGAAGUUGCUGGUUUACAGCUGCCUCAGUUUCUUUAAACAACUGUUAAAUGAAGAAAAAAAAAAUCCUGGUCCACCUCCGCCCUGACUGCUGGUGUUGGACCUGAGCUCAGUCCUGGAGUCUGUACUCAGCAGGGACAUCUGAAAACACACACCUGUCAAACGGACUUUUCCUGCAGGAGUCGGAUCAGAUCAACUCAGACUUUGGGUCCCAGAAACAGGAACAAGUCCAGGCUUCAGUAAACAGGUUGUGCGAGUUAAAAAAAAAAAAAAAAGUUUAUAAUUUUGAAACCGACACAUUCUCCGUCUGCGACACUUUUUCACAAACAAUCCAGGGACAGGUAGACCAGCAGCUCCUGUGGUCAUGUGGGACAGGUUUGAACCAGAAACAUCUGUUAGAUCAGAGUCUGCAGGAGUUGGUGGUAUACUUUACCUUUAUCGACCUGUUCUAAUCCAGUAUAUAUAUGUGCAGUAAACACCAACAGACAAACUCCUGAAACUCUGAGGUCACCCAAACUACAUCUGAGGAGUUUUUAGUCUACCUGCUGAUCUGAUCAUACCUCAGUCGGACUCCCCUUAAGGUCCAGAGAUGAUCAGCUCCAGUCUCUGGUUAAAUUUGCUCGUUCUCUCUCUCUCACUCUCUCUCCCUCCCUCCCUCCCUCUGAUGCUGGGACUAAUUCCAGACCUGUUGGUGGAUCCAUGCAGACUUUACAACCUCUUCACCUGUUCCAGGAACUUCACGACUCCCUGACACCUCAACAGACCAGAUCUCCACAUGAACUCUGACAGAACUCUGGUCUCUAUUGAACCACAUCACCUCUUUUAUUCCUCUCAGCAUCUGCGUCUACAAACCACAAAUUUACGAUUUAAGACUCCACCCUCCAAAACAUGUUUCGAUACAGUCUGAGUCGGUGUCAGCCUGUUUCUGCUGCAGGUUGAAUGAGCGAGUGAAUCCUCCAUCUGUCUGAAGUAUCGAUCAGGUUCUUAUUGAUCAGUUUAAAGAACCACAUCAACAUCAUCUUUGUUUGACAUUCCUGGAGAGCCCCUGUUGUCUCCUUAAAAAAACACAAGAACUUUAAUCUCUAUCUUUAGAGGAUCACCGGUUCAAUCUCUGGUUCUCUUCAGUAUAAACAGCAGAACUGCCCUUUAACGGCCCCAGCCACUACAGCCUUUCCCCUUAACACGAAGCGACGCACUCAGACGGCAGCGUCUGUCCCGUCUUUCCGUGCGCACUCACACGCUUGUUCCCCCGCCGCGCUGAUGGACGUGUAAGCAACAUGGUCACAGCUACAUGUCCCCUCUGGUAGGCUGGGCGCAGUUCACCAUUUUGUUUACACUCUGGAUUCCUCGGACCAGGUUUUUGGACUGCCCCCCUAUUUAGGUCCUGCAGUGGAGUCUGUUUGGCGUGUGUGUGUGUGUGUGUGUGUGUGUGUGUGUGUGUGUGUGUGUGUGUGUGUGUGUGUGUGUGUGGAGAGUGGCUCUCUGUUGCCUGGUUUAUGUGUGUGCGAGUGCGUGGCGUCUCACGGUGCUGCGAGGCCGAGGUCUGUGCCACCUGACAGGAGACUCUGACCCGGGUCAGAGCUCCGCCAAAGGAUCCAGCUGAGAAGAAGAAUGGUGCGGCAGCGACCUCUGGUGGAGUCCGAGCAGUGGACAAAGAGAAGAAGAAGAAAAGGAAGGUGAAGUCUUUAGCAACUUGUGUUCCUCUCUACGAUGUUGCUGCUAACUGUUUGUGACAACUAGCUCAUUUCUAACACGUCAGCACUCCUGGACGUUGAUGGAGUUUUCCCAGUUUUUGGUUUGUGUCCUGAUGAUGAUGUGAAUGUGUUGGGUCCAUAGAGUGAGUAGCUGUUUGAGUUGUUUGGAUGUCUGCUACAUAUAGUGUAAGCAUUGUGACUGCAAAUAAACCUCAUUGAUUUUUACACCAAGA